UUGUAAAUGUGGCGUCACUAAAAAAUUCCGCCCACAAACUGUCUGACACGAACUCCCCCUCAGGCCCUUGUGAACGCUAGUUUGUCUAUGAGCUGUACCGCGGCGUGCACGAUCUGUUCGGAACUCUCGCAACGCAAGCCAUCUCUUCACUAGCACUGCGGCUAUUGCUUCUAAAACAGUAAACCACUUUGAGCGCUUUCUUGUUGCGACUGCGUUGCAAAGGGACGAUUUCAGUUAUGGAUUUGCUUCAUCAACAGAGAACCCACAGCGUGACUUGAUACUGAAAAUGAAAUCUCAGGAGGCUCUGCUACCUUGAUGCAAUUUUCUCUUUAAUCUCAAAAUGGAAUGCUGAGAUGAAGCUGUGGAAUGCAGCCACCCCUUUUCUCUACUCUAUUUGUAAAUAGGUAUGCCUCUUAUUCUUCAAAGCCAGACUAAACAGGCCUGAAAUGGGAUUUUAUGCUCUCUACGACAUCUGCAAUAUAGAUUAAGACAUCUGUCACUCAGCAGGAGAUUCCUGUCGACCUGGAAAAGAAAAAAAAAAAAAAUGCUGCAUGCCAGCAGGUUUCUGCUUUUCAAACUGUGAUGUUCUUAGGAGCUUACAGACAGGCCUGUUUCUUGGCCUCAGACCGCGGUCUUAAGAAGUGAGUAACAAUUCCUUGAUGGUGGACAGUGCGAUAUUAUUCACAAAGCGUGGUGCAUGCUCUGAUGUAUGAGAUGUAACCGAGUGGGCUGGCUUCUGCUGACACAGGACAAGCAGUUGUAAUUCGAACGCACAUCCCAGCACAGGCCUCAAGAGGUUCAUCACAUCUUGUGUUCUUUACGAAGCACAAAGCUGAAGUUUGGGGCCUAUAAUGACAUUUUGAUUACGUGUUUCUAAAGAACAUUUUUAUGCCUAUUUUAAAGACUGUUGUAUGAAGAUCGUGAGACAAAGGCAGAUCUAUACCAUGGCAGCAACGUACCGCAUCGUGGUUAGCACUACUAAUUGUUAUAACAGUGUUGUCAUUGAUCGUCGCUUUCAGCACACAGUACAUUACUGUAGUGGACCCUGUCAGGUUCUUAAGCACGGUGUUGAGUGCACUGUGACCCAUUGCAGCACUUGCUCAGGGCUGCUGGAUACUACAGCUGAGCCUGCAACUGAUGGCCGACCUUUUAGUACUCAAGACCUCGGGAGUACAUUUUCAGCUGUUGAAAAUGCCACUGCUGGAGCUACAAGUGAGGACUAUCCCCAGGUCAUGCAGGGUGCUCCCAGGGUCAAAAAGGGAUUGACUAUUCAGAGUUCCACUAGCCUUAAGGACAUAACGGGUGACGCCAUAAAUCUAGCCAGUGGGAAGAUCAAGGAGUUCUCUUUUGAGAAAAUAAAGUACUCCACCAGCCAUGUUACUUUUAGGAAAGGGAGAAAAGUGAGACCAGAGUCCUUCAACAGAAGGUCCACUGAUCUUGAUAUAAUUUAUGGGCACUUCAGCAAUGAUGAGAACUGCCCACCAUUUGGCUUCGUACAGAAGUCCAUGAUGGAAGAGAACAAGUUGAGUCGCAGUAGUUCCCUGGAGCAAAACAUCAACAAUAUUCCAAUACUGUACCUGAAUAGCUUGACCGAAGAGAAUCUGAUAGCAAAGAUCCUGGAAAAGGCCAAGGCAGACAGCAGUGCUUCAGGGGAAGACAUCAAGGCAUGUCUAGACAUCCUCCUCAAAUGCUCAGAAGACCUGAAGAAAUGCACUGACAUUAUUAAGCAGUGCAUCAAAAAUAAAUCCAUGGGUGGGGACAGCGACGAUUCAUUCACAAACCCAGAGGUGAUCUACAGGAGCGUGAUGGCAAGACUUUCAAGCUACCUGAAGAAGCUGCCCUUUGAUUUUGAACAUGGGCGAUCGGAGCACAGUGACUUAGCCGAACUUGUAAAUAGUUUGCAUGGAUUGCAGCAAACUCCUUUUUCCCCCAUAUUUGGUAAUGAACAGCCACCUAGAUAUGAAGAUGUGGUCCACUCCCCACCUUUAACUAAAACUAUACCUCUCUCAUCUCCUUUGGAACCCCCAAAAAUCCCUCAAGACUCAGAUAAUAAUGUGAAAUCAGUACAAAGCUUUGCCAACCUGCAAUGUAAUACAAUUACCCCCAACAGUGUUCAUAAGAACUUGACAUCUGUCAGUAGUUCCAGUGCCUUACCUCAAGCUGUAACAAUAAACCGUUCAGACAGCUAUUCCUCUGCAAACUCAUUGCUAUCAAGUAGCAGCGAUAAUGUAUGUAAGGAAUCCAUGGUAGCGUUGUAUAUAGAGGAAGAACAUGACAUAGGGAAAGUGCUAGACAAGGAGCUACGAGGGGAAGGGAAAUUCAGCCAGGGGUUCAUGGAGGUCAGACAGUUGCCUAAAAAGCCAAUUGCUCUGAUGGAAACUGGUGACAGUACUGCUAAACUGUCAGGAAACAUCAGGAAUGGGACUACCUUUAAACCAAAUUUGGAGCCAUUUGCACUGCCUGGAGCCUGCAAGCCAUAUGCGUCUCUUAAGAAUCUCUACACAGAACCAAGAGCUUUCCAGGAACCCGGUCAAAGCAAUGACCAGGAUGACAUUGACAAAUUGCUAGUGGAUUUAGAGUGUCUUUCACAAAAAAUCGAGCUAGAACCAUAUCUCAAUAGGAAAAGCGCUGAGCUCAAGAACUGCAGCCAGCAGGCAGGUCCACACCAGCACUUGUCCUUUGACUCCAGAAGCAGUCAACCUCCGGUGGACUCUCUCACCCUAUUCUCAUCCAAAAAGGACACAAGCAGGCAUGGCUACACUACAAACGAGGAGGAGGAUGGGGCUCUCUUGCUGCGUAUUUUGGAGAGCAUUGAAAACUUUGCUCAGGAACUUGUUGAAAGCGGGACAGGCAAGGGCAGGUUGUCCCGAGAAGGGGAAGUAAUGCGUCUUCUCCAAGAAACCGUGGCAAGCACUGGCAAGUCUGAGGAGAAUCUACAAACUAGCUCCAUGCCUGCAUCUAUACAAGACACUGGACCAACUCUGUCAAUCCAGCAGACUCCAGAAGUCAUCAAGGUCCAAAUCAAGCAAGAGAAGAAACCCGGAACUCCUCCCCCAGCACCUGCAGUCUCCGCCUCCAGUCCACGUCCACCGACCCCUCCUCCAGUAAACAAGGUGGUCAUCACCGCCCCCAUCUCCAUAAACAUUCCACGAUUCUAUUUUCCCAAAGGACUUCCAAACCCUACUGCCAACCUCAACGAGACCAUUGCCAAGAUUGAAGCAGCGUUCGCAGAGUUAGAGGAAGAGAAAGCUGAUAUUUAUGAAAUGGGAAAGAUUGCUAAGGCAUGCAGUUGUCCGCUAUACUGGAAGGCUCCGAUGUUUAAUGCUGCUGGAGGUGAAAGAACAGGAUUUGUUUCUGUCCACGCAUUCAUAGCGAUGUGGAGGAAGUUAUUGCACAGCUGCUAUGACGAUGCAUCAAAGUUUAUUUAUCUGUUAGUCAGACCUGGCUGUACCUACCUUGAACAGGAAGAUUUCAUCCCAUUAUUACAGGAUAUUGUGGACACUCAUCCAGGUUUGACGUUUUUGAAGGAUGCCCCUGAAUUCCAUUCUCGGUACAUUACCACGGUAAUUCAGCGGAUAUUCUACACAGUCAACCGAUCCUGGUCAGGGAAAAUCACCAUGAAUGAGCUGAGACGGAGCAACUUCCUGCAAACCCUUGCUCUUCUGGAGGAGGAGGACGAUAUCAACCAGAUUACAGAUUAUUUCUCCUAUGAACACUUCUACGUGAUCUACUGUAAAUUCUGGGAGCUGGACACAGACCAUGAUCUUUUCAUCAACCAGAAGGACCUGGCCAGGUAUAACGAACAUGCUUCAUCGAAUAGAAUAACUGAGAGAAUAUUCUCUGGAGCGGUAACAAGGGGGAACUCUGUGCAGAAAGAAGGCCGGAUGAGCUAUGCAGAUUUUGUCUGGUUUCUGAUCUCUGAAGAGGAUAAGAAGAAUCCCACCAGUAUUGAGUACUGGUUCAAGUGCAUGGACAUCGAUGGAGACGGAGUGCUGUCCAUGUAUGAGCUUGAGUAUUUCUAUGAGGAGCAAUGCGAGAGAAUGGAAGGGAUGGGCAUUGAACCACUGCCAUUCCACGACCUGCUCUGUCAGAUGCUGGAUCUAGUGAAAUGUGCAGACCAAGGUAAAAUAACUCUUCGGGAUCUGAAGCAGUGCAGAAUGGCACAUAUAUUCUACGACACCUUCUUUAACUUGGAAAAGUACCUGGAUCAUGAACAGAGAGAUCCAUUUGCUGUGCAAAAGGAUUUAGAGAACAAUGGUCCAGAACCCUCAGACUGGGAUAAAUACGCCGCUGAAGAAUACGAGAUCCUGGUGGCUGAAGAGACAGCCCAUGAGCAGUUACAGGAAGGUUCAUUUGAAGAUGAUUAUGAAUCUGACGAACUCACGGUCGCAUCAGAAAUCGGAAACAAAGUGGACAAGCUUGUUAUUUCAGACCUUUCAGCAUAGACCCUAAAACAGGUCACACUGCCAAACAAUCAGACGUGACUGCCAGGUAAAAGACUGACCACUGAGCAGUCACACACAACAAGGGAAUAGACCUUCUACUUUUUUUUAGCUUUUUUUCCUUUGGAAGGGAAUGACUUUUUUUUUUUUUUUCAAUUCAAACAACAUUGUGUGUGUGUGUACGUGUGCGUGCAAUAGAGCUGCCUAUAAGUCAAAGCCUUUUUUUGUGCAAUAUGUCUUAAGUCUAGUGGGAAUGUUUGUUCUGUGUUAGUCUGGAGAAGGAGCAUUUGGGAUUUCUACAUUAUGAUUCUACUCUGUAUACAGUAUACUCUGUACCACCUAGUGGUCAUUACUAGUAGCAACUUGUGCACAACCUCCUGCAGCAUCAUCAGUAACAGUUUGGACACACCUGGAUAUGAAGUCAACAAGAUGUUGGAAGGUCUCCUGCUUUGUCAAGCACCAUCUUCCAACAAUGUCAACAGCUGGGCUUGUGUUGGGUUGGGGUUGCCUUUCUUGGAUGUUAAACCUGAUUAUAAAGCUAUGGGUAAAAGUUUAGAAUCACCAAGACUUUUAAGAUUGAGACCUCAUUUUUAUAUA